UCACUUUUUUUCCAUCUGGAUGGACAUCUUUCAAAGCCGCCGCUUCUACUACUAAUGUCACGACGGCCAGCAAUGGAAUAAUGAGUCAAGCAAAUUCAAUGAUUAUUCGUGAUUCGAUUGGCGAUUACAAUUAUUUGCCCUUGGCUUUGCUUUUAAUCAUGCAAUUUUUCGUCAAAAUUGGAGUCACCACCAUUCCCCUUUUGCUCACCGGCGAGGUGCUUCCGUUCAAAUUGAGAUCAAUGCUUUGCAGCAUAUCAACGGCCGAUCGAUAUAUUUUUACCGCAAUUUCCACCAAAAUGUAUUACAAUAUUGAGACAUGGUUUUCUUUGCCUGGCGCCGCCGCAUUUUAUGGCUUCAUCAGUCUGACUGGCUUCAUUGUAAUGUAUCUGAUUCCACCCAAAACCGAAGGCCGUUCAUUGGAAGAUAUUGAACUACAUUUUUCGGAUAAUACUCGAUGCUUUACUGAUAUUAAAAUUCAUAAAAAUACAAUUAAACAAGAUCACAUAUUGAAUGCGAAUUCCGAUUGUAAAUAG